GCUUUUUUCGUUUUUUAGCCACAAAUUGAGCAGCCGGCCGCUGUCAAAAUAUUUUGAUUUUUCAAAUUGCCUCAAAAUCUAAUAUAACCCACAAACUUCCUUUUAAACUUUAAAAUCAAACAAUUUGUAAGAAGUGUUGGUCCUCAAAAUGCUACGUCAACUAAGGAUGACGUUAGAUAUUUCGAGUUGGAUUUUGUUACCCUGGAGACGAUGUGCGUCAAAUGUGCGGGACCCUCCUCCGCCACUGGCCAGCACCCUUGGCGAUGUGAUCGUCGACUACGAGGACCCCGACUAUCUGCCGUUGCCGGAAUAUCCUGUGCGUCCCAACGAGCCGUUGGACAUUCGAAAGCAGCGACUUUUGUAUCAAUCCCGUAAGCGCGGAAUGCUGGAAAACGAUCUUCUUCUCAGCACGUUUGCGGCGAAGCACCUUCACAAAUUCAGCGCCGAGCAGACGGCUUUAUACGAUCAGUUAAUCAACGGGGUGAGCAACGACUGGGACAUAUACUAUUGGGCCACCGACGUCAAGCCCACUCCCAAGGAAUACGACACUGAGAUAAUAAUGCUCUUAAAGGAGCACGUCAAGAAUGCCGAGCGGGUCACACGUCUCCGCCAGCCGGAUUUGAAUACUUAGUCUCCCCUAACGUUAUACCUUUGCUUAUAAAUACAUCAACUAGUUCGACUUUUUCAUUAUUCUGUGAUCCUGGAGAUCUUUACCUCCCACAUUGAGUUGGAAGCCAACUCGUUAAUUCUGAAUAUAACUUCUUUGAACAUUUUCGAAGAUUAUCAAAAUCCUUGCAGUGCAAUCGUGAAGGUCUAAAGACUUAUCGUUAUGCUCAUUACUGGAAGAAUGAUUUCACCCAAUUUGGAAAUUUAGAAGUUGACAACUGCUUGACCCGAAACAGAACUAAAAAUAAUCGAAACGUACCAAUAUUGUUGAAUAUGUUAUGAUCCAGGAGAUCUAGAUUUGAAUCAUAAAUAAUAGUUAUGGCUUAAUAAAAAGGAACAUUAUUAAAAUGCA